ACGAGUCCUCCCAUCCUCUCUUUCUAUCUCCAAUGGAAUCAGAAACCCGAACCGAUAGGUCCGAUACAACCCUACCAAACCACCAAGAUGAGACCGAGAUCGAGUCAAGAAAGUUCGAGAAGAAUCAGAAACGGUACCAAGACCUAAUCGCCACAUUUCCUCACACCAAAGGCUGGAGACCUAAAACUCCUCUGAUCGAGUACGGUGGUUAUUGGAUAGUGCAGCCUCUUCUUGAAGGUUGGCUUCACGCGCAAGACUUCUUCCAAGCACGACCCAUCGACUUUUUCGUUUGUAGCUACCCAAAGUCAGGUACCACUUGGCUCAAAGCUCUAGUUUUCGCUAUCAAAACUCGAUCUCGCUUUGACCAUUCCUCAAACCCUCUCCUCAAAAGUAACCCUCACGAGCUUAUCCCUUUCAUUGAGGCCGAGUUCCCUUUAGUCCCUCAAGAUGAUAAAGGUAUCACUCUGUUCUCGACUCAUGUCCCUCACGGGUUAUUACCCAAAUCGAUUUCGAAAGCAGGUUCUAAGAUGGUUUACAUAUGGAGAGACCCAAAGGACACCUUUGUCUCCAUGUGGAACUUCUUCCAAAAGGAAAGAUCUGACCAUGGCCCUCUUAAUACUCUUGAGGAGUCUUUUGAUAUGUUCUGUCGAGGGUUGUCUCUUUACGGUCCUUUCUUGGAUCAUGUCUUGUCCUAUUGGAAAGCUUACCAAGAGAAUCCAGAUCAGGUCAUGUUCCUCAAGUACGAGAAGAUGAGAGCUGAUCCUUUACCGUAUGUGAAGAGAUUGGCUGAGUUUAUGGGAUGUGGCUUCACAGCUGAGGAAGAGAAAGAAGGAGCUGUUGAGAAAGUUGUGAAUCUUUGCAGUUUCGAGACGCUUAAGAAUCUUGAAGCCAACAAAGGAGAAAAAGGGAAGAAACACAGAGAAGACAUUCCUUCUAGCUUUUAUCCGAACAGUGCCUACUUCAGAAAGGGAAAGGUCGGAGAUUGGAGCAACUACUUGACUCCGGAGAUGGCUGCUCGAAUCGAUGGAUUGAUGGAUGAGAGAUUCAAGGGUACUGGUUUGCUUGCACAUGGUGAAUAGGUACCGGUUCGUGUUAUGAGUAAUCAUUGAUCCUUCUAUGCUUAGUUUACUUUUCAGCGUAAUAAGUUUGCUCAUUUCCUCAGAGGAUUAUUCUAUAUUGUAAUAUGUUAUAAUUUGGAAGCACAAAUCUUGUUUCUGUCUUCAUUUGAAAUGUUUUUUAUAAAAGCAAAUCUUGUUUUUGUUUGUAGCCUAUUUGGUAGCCUGAUUUGUGUAAUGUUUUGAUCCUAUGCAAAUCUCGUUAGA